AUGAAAACGAAUGAGAAAGAACUGCUCCAUGGGCUGAACGAUCGUUUCGCCGGAUUCAUAGAGAAGGUGCGUCAUUUCGAGCAUCAAAAUGAAUUGCUCGAGAGGGAAAUCGAGGAAAUAAAACAGAAAGCACAGUCCCCUGCGUCUCUGGCCCAGGAGCACGAGCCGGAGCUUAUGGAUCUGAGGAAACAAGUUCAUGACAUCACCCUUCAGAAGCGUCAGAUCGAGAUAGAGCAUCAGAACCUGGAGGAAGAUUUCCUCACCUUGAGAGACAAGUACGAGCAGGAGGCGCGUGACCGCUCGGACGCAGAGAACGGCAUCCUUGUGCUAAAAAAGGACGCCAACGAUGCAUACCUCGCCAAACUUCAGUUGGACAAGAAAGCGCAGUCUCUAGUGGACGAGAUCCACUUCCUGAAGAAGAACCAUGAGGACGAGGUAUCGGAGAUGGUGGCCCAGAUCCAAGAGGCUCAGGUAACGGUCAAGGCGCACAACUUUGGCAAACCCGAAAUCACUGCGGCUCUCUGGGACAUCCGUGCACAUUUAGAAGGUCACGCUGCCUCCGACAUUCAGCAGGCGGAGGAGGGCUUCCGUGUCCAGUUCGCAAAGUUAACCAAAGCGGCAGAGAGCAACAGAGAGGCGCUGAAGGCGACCCAGCAGGAGAUCCAGGAGAAUAGAAGGCUGCUGCAGGGAAAAAAUAUUGAGCUGGACUGCGGGAAAGGAACGAGAGAGGCCCUGGAAAAACAACUACACGAGCUGGAGGAGCGUCACUAUGUGGAAAUGAUUCAUUACCAGGACACUAUCAGGCAGCUGGAGAAUCAGCUGACCAAUGCUAAACUAGACAUGUCUGGCUACCUGAGAGAGUACCAGGACCUGCUGAAUGUCAAAAUGGCUUUAGAUGUGGAGAUUCUCUCUUACAGGAAACUCCUGGAGGGUGAGGAGUCCCGUCUGUACACCAUCUCUGACACCCACAUCUCCAUGCCCUGCAUCUACAACCAGCCCCCCGUCUACACCCUGCCUUGCCUGGCCCGGCAGGGAGGUCCCACACGCAGAUCUGUGCCCCAGUACAAGUUUGUAGAGGAGAUUAAAACUGAGACCACCAGAGAGGUGGAGAUGUCCGACAUCGAGGAGACAGGCUCUGAGGAGACAGAACCUAAAACAGGAAGUUCAAUAAAGGGUGAACCACAGGUCCCCAUGGAGGACAUCUCCAAAGAAUCCAAAAAGUUGUCAGAGGAGAGAAAAAAAGAAAUAGAUCUGAAAGAGGAGAGUUUUUCAACAGAGCAACAGCAGGAUAGCCCAAAAGAAAGUCCCAUCAAAGAGAGAAAAAAGGUAGAUAUGACAGAGCAGAGUGCCCCAACACCGGAGCAGAAACCUGAUCAGAAGGAGCACAGCAAGUCAGACCAACCUCAAGAGGUAGAGAGUGCUGUGACAACACAAGGGGCAGAGUGCGAUGUGAGAACACAAGAAGAGGAUCUCCCUGAGACCACAGAGAAGGGCAUGGAAUCCCCUGAUAUCACUGCAGAGCUGAAGAGCAGUUCAACCAAAGCGGCAGUGGAGCAGGUGAAGUCACCAGAUGAUUCUGGUGUAAAAACGACACAGGAUGACACAACAGUAGGAAGUAAAAUUCCAGACGGAAUUCCCAGCACAACAAGUGAGUGUAAGGAAGAGCCUGUGCCAAAGAAUCCUGAAAAGGAGGUGGGUCCGAAAGAGCCAAACGUGGGCAACAAGGAUGAUAGUGUAAAAAAGGUUGAGCUGAAUGAAUCGAAUGGCAGUGAAAGGUUCACAAAAGAUGUCUCAACAGCUGAGGAAAAAGUGAAAGAAUCUGAGACAUCCCCUAAACCAGACAAAACCGUCACCCCAAAAGAAGAAACAUCCCCUAAACCAGAGCCCACAUUCACCCCUAAAGAGGAGACAUCCCCUAAACCAGACCCCACUGUCACCCUUAAAAAGGAGACAUCCCCAAAACCAGACCCCACUGUCACCCCUAAAGAAGAAAUAUCCUCUAAACCAGACCCAACUGCCACCCCUAAAGAGGAAAUAUCCCCCAAAACAGACCCCACUGUCACCCCUAAAGAAGAAACAUCCCCUAAACCAGACCCCACUGUCACCCCUAAAGAGGAGACAUCCCCUAAACCAGACCCCACUGUCACCCCGAAAGAAGAAACAUCCUCUAAACCAGACCCAACUGCCACCCCUAAAGAGGAAAUAUCCCCCAAAACAGCCCCCACUGUCACCCCUAAAGAAGAAACAUCCCGAAACAUUCCCUAA